AUGGCCAAUGUGAACAUCCCCGCGCCGGUGAGGUUCGUUGCCGACAGCGAUGAGGAUGUGAGCCCCGAAGCAGUAAGACCUACGGGCAAUAAUAUCAGCCACGGCGCGUCAGUUCUGCGCAAAUUCAUUGAAGACUUGGAAAGGUCUGAAGAAGGUGCAAAGGAAGUAGAAAUGUUUCGCUACUGGAUUGAUUCGAUGGUAGAUGACGGCGUUGAGGAGGGUUUAGACAUGAAAGACCAGCAUAGUCGGACACUGCUUAAUGUUGCAGCUAUACAAGGCCUCUCGGAAACCGCGAAAAGACUCAUCGAAGCCGGAGUAGCUCUGGACGCCCAAGAUGAAUGGGGGGAUACACCCCUCAUCGACGCAUGUGGAGAAGGUGAUGGAGAAGGUGGAUACAUAGAGGUCGUCAAGCUUCUUCUCGAAAAAGGGGCCAAGACCGAAAUCUUUGGCAACGAAGGUGACUCGCCUCUUUACAGAGCGUGCAGGCAUGGACACAGUCACAUUGUUCAGUAUCUCUUGGAUAAGGUCAAGUGGGACCUCAACGUCGGAGAAGAUAAGUACGACAUGACGCCGCUGCAUGCUGCUGCUGUGGCAGACAACCCCGAAAUCGUGCGAUAUCUGAGAGACAAAGGCGCGCAGCUUGACCGCUGUGAUACAGACGGUUGGACACCACUCAUGACAGCAAUCGACUCGAAAAGCAAAGAUGCUAUGGAAGAAUUACUUCAAAGGCGGAACAACGAAGAUAUCCAGCUGGAAAAGGCAGAUUUAGAAGGACGAACACCCAUCUUGAGAGCAGCUGAGGAUGGCUUCUGGGAUGGCUUUCGUCUCUUGAUGGAAGCCGGCGCAAAAUGGACCGAGAAGGAGUCUGAGACUACUGAGGACGCCAAAAGAGAUUCAGCGUCAAGCAUGUCGAGAAAGAACGCUGCCUUGCAUCUUGCCAUUUCGGAAAACCAAGAUGAAGUAGUUAGAUUCCUUUUGGAACAAGGCGCCGAUGUAAAUUCUCGCGGGCAGGAUCAGCGACAACCUCUUCACCUGGCAAGUCUGCAAGGCAACCAAGCUAUUCUGGAGCUUAUUUUCAACACUGGGGAAUGCAAUCAUCUUAACAAUGAUCAUGGUAGGGGUAUGACGCCAUUGCAUCUAGCUUGCACCGCUGAUGAUGACGAUGGGCAUUACAACGAGGCGGUUCGACUCUUGUUAGAUCGGAAUCCGAGGCCCCAUACGGAGAUCGUCACAAAUGAAAUGAGAAUGGCAGUGGCGCUAGCAGUUGGCUAUGGCCACGAUGAAAGAGUGGAGGCAAUACUCGACGUCUUCGGUGAACCUAGCUCAGGAAUUUCUGACACUCUUAUGUGGGCAAUUGGCAAAACAGAAAGACACAAGGUCGCAGCAUAUCUCCUCAAAAGACAGCUCAAGCUCAAGCUGCCGUUGGACAGUUUCACUACCGAGGGUUCAGAAAAUUGGACUGCAAUCGAAUGGGCGGCUUAUGUGAGAAAGCCUCAAAUUCUCUGGCUCCUCAUUGCCAGCUCUCCACGAAACCAGGAGACCAAGAAAGCUCUCAAUUCGGCUAAGUCUAUAGUUGAGGAGUCCAAGAAUCACAUGGUGAAGCCGCUUGCGAGCUUCAAGAAUCAGAGACUUGAGCAAGGAGAUGAUGCAAGGAAAGGCGACAAGAUUGAGAAUGUCAUCCUGGACAUGCAAGACAUCAUCCACAAUCCACCCACUGGGUUGAUCUACACUGUUAGCGCAACCUAUCCCUUGCCAACGCACCAUGUAAGCUUCGCCGCUCCGCUGAGUACUUACGAAGCUGCCAUGGUUCGGUUCUUCAAGAAGGAGGGGCAAUUCGGAAACAUCAUCCAGUUUCGGACCGUCGAAGACACCGUGUACCGGGAGGGACCACAGAAGAUCAUGCAUAAGGCAAUAGUGAAGUUUGAAGAGCGUUCGCGUGGGGUUGAAAAGCGAAUCGCGCAACGGCCCGUGUUCAUGGACUCGGAGCCAAAGUUCACGUGGAUUCACUUGCCUGCAACCAAUAUGGUUUGGAUGGAAGAUUUGGUCCAGAGAAUUAUGUACGACGAAAAGCAAGACGCAAGUCGCUUUAACCAAGCGAAAUCUUUUUUUAAGGACAGUUGGAUCGAAGUGCCGGAUAGCUUCUCAGCGUCGAGGAUUAUGAGACCUCGGUUUGUCUCACGGGACACAAUCUCGCGUGACAGAAAGAGUGACGAAAGUGAGACGGAAGACGCAGACAAAACGCCUGGGAGAAAUGGUAAUGACAAGGGAGAAAAAGGAAUCGAGGUAGGGAGAAGUAAGGACAUGAGAUUGGACGAUGAUGAAGACGGAAAAGAAUCGGUUGAGCAAAAAGUAGCGAAAGGUCAGGACAAAAACGCGACCGCAGCUCCCGCUAUGUCAGCAACCGCUAUCUACAUGCCAUACCUUUCAUACUCCUUCCAGUGUGCAGAAGACGUAGCAAAGCGUUCCCUGUCUCAGGGGCACAUGGAGGAGAGUUCACUUGGAACCGAGGAAUCAACAAAAGCCAUGCCUCCACCGGCAUUCCAAGAAGACAUAGAAUCCAGACACAGCAAUGAACUCGCAGCCAACAGAGAACUUGAAUACGAGGAGAAAACAGACGAAGACAGACAAUACGAAUGUGCCGCAGCUCUUGUCACAGCACGAGAGAAGUAUCAAGAAUUGUUGGAUAAGUACAGUGAAACCAUUAUACAUGGAUCCGCCACUCUUGACGAGUCCUACUACCAUUUUGGGGAGGAUCCCGAGUCUUGCAAAGACAGGAGCAGGCGCAACAUGUCGCAGGUGGUGACGGAAAGUUGGGUCGAAGACCGGAAGCGAAAGGAAGAAAUCAAGGGACUGAAUCACGGAUCGAAACAGGAGAAGGUGAAUGAGCAGGAGCAAGUCCAGAAACAACAGUAUCAUUCCCAGAAGAAGCAAGGUCCAGGCUUAUACUGGCCUUUGAUACGAGUCAAUCAGCUUUGGAUAUGGACUGUUAACAACAACCGUCUUGAAAAGCAGGGAGAAGCUGGCGGGAGCGACUUGCAGCCUGGGUCUGCCGCUGAGAUGAGCCAGUUGAUUGUUGACUACUGCGUUGACUACUACGAGAGGAAGCCCAAAGCACAGAAGGAUGACAAACCACAGGAUUUCAAAUUGCGAGAUUUCCCGUCCAUCCGCCAAACCUUUUCAAGAUCCAUCAACUCCAUUGCAAGAGACGAAACAAAUCUGUUCGAAAAGUUCAGCGACCUAACGAAGGAACUAAGGAAACAGUCAAAGGAUAAGACCGGAGACCAUAGCAAGGCUAUACAACUUGUGGAUCAUCAGCUUGCAGAGGCUAUCAUUGAAGCGGAAGGCCUCUCUAGCAGGGUCAAAGACAUCCUAGACGAACUCAGCAUUCUUGAGGCAACGGUCCAAUAUCAGCAGGAUGUUCAGAGAGCAAUGAAGAAGCAGAAUGCUCAGAAUUCAAAGAGAAAGGGAAAUUUCCUAGAGACUGAACUCACCGCGACUUAUAUCAUCAAUGAUAUCAAGGGAUUGGGAAGCGUUGCUGAAAGGGUUCAUGCCGCAGUCAACACUACACUCUCGCUUCAGCAGAGUGAAAUCGCAAACCUACAGGCAAAACUAUCAAUCGAGCAUGCAAAGUUCUCAAUCGAGCAGGCACAGCGCUCGAUUGAGCAUGCAGAAAUCGCAACUCAACAAGGCAGAGUACUCAUGGUCUUUACUGUGGUGACCAUUCUGUUCUUACCACUUUCUUUUCUAACAUCCCUUUUCGCUCUGGAUGUUGCCUCAUUUCAGCAAGCCCCACCUUGGGCAUUGGGCGUCAUAUUCUCGGUAUCAGCUGGAUUCUUCAUUCCCAUGCUCGUUGUCGCUUUCUCAUGGAAGCGAAGCAAAAAGUUCAUUUCCGACCUCCUUUCUCCCGUCCUAUCUCCCAUCAUAAGAAGGGCUAUGGCACUCAUAUGCUACCUGCUACAGCUUGCCGAUACCUCGAAUCAAACUCAGUAUGGCAAUGGUGUGUCUGAGACAGUCCCUUCGCGCACCGAAAGUUCUUUUCGGGGAUCGCCUCGACGAAGUGCCAUGUCCAUUGGUGCUCUCCAGGUCUCAAGGCGGUCAAACGAUGCUGCUCAUGAUGUAGAGAAAGGCCCGAGCGGAGGCAGCGAUCCGACAAACCAGUCAAACGAUCACGAAUUGUAG